AUGACCAUGUGGGAUCCCAAAACUAACGGCCGAGGCACGAAUCAACGGCUCCAGUUUUAUCCAGCGCGGCCACUGGUGGCGGCGGCGUUGGCAAAGCCGUUGAGUCAGGCGGAACUAAUGCGGAGAGCGACGCUCGAAGCGGAAAUGAAGGACUUUGGUGCUGUGCACGCUAGGUUCGCACCCUCGUCGUCGCCUCCGAACGACCAGGAAGAUAAGAAAAUGUUUAAGAAGGAUGUCAAAGAAGUCAGGCACAUGGACAACAAUGAGCAGGAGCAUUUGGAAGAGGAGGAACGGCGUGCGCACAGUACCGAGGAGGAGCUGGACGAGGAGUUGCUGGAUUUUGACUCGGUCAACAUGCCGAGGAGCGUGCGCAGGUUAAUGAGCAGGAUCAUGAGCGAGAGCCUGAUGAGCGAGUCGGACGUACCUGAAGAUAUGUCGAACCAGGACGAUGACGAUGACGAUGACGACGAGGAAGACGAUGACGAUGACGAUGAAGACGUCGAUCAUGUUGAUGACGUGGAAGAGCUCGAGCUGGACGGAGAUAACUCUGAACAGGACGAGGAACGAUCCAGUAGCGAGCAAGAAGAAGCGGUAAUUCAGACGGAGCUAGAUGUGAUGCAAGAGCCGAGUCCCUCCAAGCACCUGCUCCUACAGCGUCGACAAACUCGACUACUGAGCUGUGCAGCUGAACAAGCGGCGUUGUCAGCACAGGACCAACUUACGUCGAGUGUACGACGGCUAGUGAUCCAACUGAAAGACGACUCGGAUCAUCUGGGUAAACCAUUGGCCCAAUCUCAUGGAAUCCGCCUCAAGUCGAGGCCUGCCCCGACCCGGAGGAGAGCUGGAUCAUGUCCGACUGCAUACGACCUUGGCGUGCCGUCGCCGAUCGAUGGGUCUUCGAUGCCGACACCUCCUCCGUUUAGCCCCGCGCUGGCCCCGCAGGAGAUGCAUCCUGGCAAGAAACACAAGAAGAGCGCGUUCUCGAGGAUCGGUCCGCGUGUAUUGGAGUCUCUCCAUUUGCGGAAGAAGCGUAAGACGUAUUUGUUCACAGACGAAGAGCUCGAGACGAUCGAAGGUGCACGGUGGAAGAUCGUCGAGUUGGCCUUCCGCUUUGGUGGCAAGCAUCGGUCGUAUCUGGUGCAGGCGAUCAAUAUGUUCUUCCCUCUGCUCAAAGGUACUGCAAGUGCUGGACGGCAGACAGACCGCUGUGUUUCGCAAGUACCCUUCCAAUAG